UCAGGACUGGAAGCCAGCUCCAACAGCCAUUCGGAGAACGGAGGACUAAUGCUGAACGUCAACCAUCCACUUGCUGGAAGAAAGGAGCUGGAGGGGAGCCACUGGGAGUAAAGGCCAGCCCACUGGUGUUUGUUAGUGAACAGAGUAUCUGCCAAGCGCGGGCUUCCGUGAUGGUGUACGAUGACACCAGUAAGAAAUGGGUACCAAUCAAGCCUGGCCAGCAGGGAUUCAGCCGGAUCAACAUUUACCACAACACUGCCAGCAACACCUUCAGAGUAGUCGGGGUCAAGCUACAGGAUCAGCAGGUUGUGAUCAAUUAUUCAAUCGUGAAAGGGCUGAAGUACAAUCAGGCAACACCCACCUUCCACCAGUGGCGAGAUGCCCGUCAGGUCUAUGGCUUAAACUUUGCAAGUAAGGAAGAGGCAACCACUUUCUCCAACGCGAUGCUCUUUGCCCUGAACAUCAUGAAUUCCCAAGAAGGAGGCCCCUCCACACAGCGUCAGGUGCAGAAUGGCCCCUCUCCUGAGGAGAUGGACAUCCAGAGAAGACAAGUAAUGGAGCAGCAACAACACCGCCAAGAGUCUCUGGAGAGAAGAGUCUCUGCCACAGGGCCCCUCCUCCCACCUGGGCAUCCUUCAGUGGCAGCCAGCGCCACCCUCUCAUGUAGUGGACCUCCACCCCCACCUCCACCCCCAGUUCCACCUCCACCCACAGGGGCUACGCCCCCGCCCCCGCCCCCUCUGCCAGCUGGAGGAGCCCAGGGGGCCAACCACGAUGAGAGCUCUGCUUCAGGACUGGCUGCUGCCCUGGCUGGAGCCAAGCUGAGGAGGGGACAGCGGCCAGAAGAUGCUUCUGCAGGCUCCAGUCCUAGUGGGACUUCAAAGUCCGAUGCCAACCGGGCAAGCAGCGGGGGAGGUGGAGGAGGCCUCAUGGAAGAGAUGAACAAACUGCUGGCCAAGAGGAGAAAAGCAGCCUCCCAGACAGACAAGCCCGCUGACAGAAAGGAAGAUGAGAGCCAAAUGGAAGAUCCUAGUACCUCCCCAUCUCCAGGGACCCGAGCCACCAGCCAGCCACCUAAUUCCUCAGAGGCUGGCCGAAAGCCCUGGGAACGGAGCAACUCUGUGGAGAAACCAGUGUCCUCGUUGCUGUCCAGAACGCCAUCUGCGGCAAAGAGCCCCGAAGCUAAGAGUCCCCUUCAGUCACAGCCUCACUCUAGGGUGAAGCCUGCUGGGAGUGUAAAUGACGUGGGCCUGGAUGCCUUAGAUUUGGACCGCAUGAAGCAGGAGAUCCUGGAGGAGGUGGUUCGAGAGCUCCACAAGGUAAAAGAGGAGAUCAUUGAUGCCAUCAGACAGGAGCUAAGUGGGAUCAGCACCACGUAAGAUGGCGCCAUCCCUGGAGGAUCGCAAGGAGCCGCGCUGGCCCCAGCACACAGCGAGCCUGCAGAAGCUGGGAUGUACUUAAGUCUCAACCUGUGAUUCCAUAUUAAAAUGAGGAAACAAACUUCAACUACUGGAUUUUUAGCGUAUCUGACACAAAACACCGGGUCUAUUCUUUUUUGUAUUUUAUAUUUGCUUAUUUAAGUGUACAUUUCUUUGGUUUAUAGAGAGAACACCCCAAAAUCACCUGCUUUAUUAGAUGGCUUCCAAGUUUUCUCGUAGGUGGCACUGUUAGCUCCUCAGCUGGCAGUGAGCAGCUGGGUGCAGCGUGGCCUUUCCAUGCCACAGAGCUGUCAGAAUGCAGCUCAGCCCCAGCAGCCACAGUGUUUCAGUCUGUCCACGCAGUGCGUGUUCGUCCACACGAUAAUAAACGGUUCACUGUCCACA